AUGAGCACAGCAUACGACGCUAACUACGCAAAGCAGGAGUAUGAAGAGGCGAAGGGGAAGCUAGAGACAUUCGAGAAUGAUGAUGAUGGAUCCCGUACCUUCACAGCAGCUAAUGGAGCAUAUCUCGAUAUCAACUUCUACGUCGAACUAAUAAAUGCAAUCCAGAAACUGAGCACAUACCUUAUUCAAGACAAAUUUUGUCUUGUAUAUGGACAUCGUCAGAGUGGAAAAACAACAGCCAUUUAUGCUACAGCACGAUGGCUUGCACAUCACUCGACUCAGAUCGAAGUUGGGGGCUUUAGUCGUAGUCUACAGAUCUAUGUGAUAUCCUUUAAUGGUGGCGUUCAGUUAGAACAUGGACAGGAAUCGCUACUUGUUGUUCUUAUAUUUGAUGAGGGUUCAGCUUUGCUUAACCAUGAUAGAAAAAUCAUUGAAGACUUUAUGGAGGCAACUGUUGAGCUAGACCGCUUUAUCGAAGUAGAUAUCAAAAUGCUCCUUGACGAUUAUGCUAGAGAAUCCUCAGUUAAACUUGAGUCAGCUGAUAUUGCCAAAGAUAUUUUUAAACGUACUCUCAGACAUAAGGGUCUCACUGGCACCUGCUGCUCCAUACUUGAGACAAUGUGUGCUGUGAAAAACAUGGCCACAGUAUUACUUGAUGACCGGAAAUGUGCUACUGUUACUUUAACUGAUGUUAUGGCACAACGGGACACAUAUGCUUUCAUUAUUCAAUCUCUGAAGAAUCUCUCUUCAGAAUCGCAUAAGCUUGUUAAGGAUAAGAAUGUCUCAUUUCUACUUGCUGAAGGGAUUAUUUUCAUUACUUCUCGUGAUGGCAAUGCUGUGGUAAUAGAAUGCGCUGCACCAGUACUUCGUGACUUCAUGAUAUCUCACAUAAAUGGAUCUACAUUCAAGGUGAAACGACCACCAAAUACAGACAAUCUUGAUGUGCGAUGGCUGAUGGAUCAUGCUAUUAAGAACAUGGCCAUUCAGCAUGUCUUUGCUGACCAGGCUGCUAAUUCUAAUGGACAACCAUCUGAAUAUACAUUCCAAAUAGAAUUUGUCAUCAUCUGUCAUCUGCUUGCUCAUCUGGAUAUUCUUCUAAGGGAUGGCAGCUCUCUGCCUCAAUAUGGCUUUGAACUUGUUGUUGAAGCAACCCAUAGUGCCUUUGAUGAAUACUGCAGACGUGUGACUCCUGUGCAUGUCAUUUAUGAUGUCCAAAAAGGGUUGGUAGAGCUAGUAUUUAGGGAUAGCAAAAAAUCUGUAUCAAUUGAGGGGUCUGCAUGGCAA